AUGGAGAGGAAUGCAAAGGUUAAGAAAAUCCUUAUCUGUGGACUUAGUCAUGAUGAGUACAAUAGAAUUUCUGUGUGCUCUAAUGCGAAGCAGAUAUGGGAUGCACUCCAAAUUACCCAUGAAGGAACAAACCAAGUAAAAAGAUCAAAGAUAGAGCUACUCAUGAGAAACUAUGAGCUCUUCUCCAUGAAGGAGUCUGAGCCCAUCCAGGAUAUGAUGAUUAGAUUUACUAUAAUAACCAAUGAACUUAAAUCACUUGGAAUGGUGUUUACCUCAGAAGAGUUGGUUAGUAAGGUUCUAAUAAUCCUUCCGGCUUCAUGGGAAUCAAAAUUCACUGCAAUCCAGGAAGCCAAGGAAUUUGAUAAAAUCUCACUUGAUGAGUUGGUUGGAAACUUAAAAACUAAUGAAAUGAGAAAGAUAGAACUACGCAAUGAAGAACCAAAGAAGGAUAAGGCCUUGGUUCUUAAAGCAUCUGGGGAUGAUGAAUCUGACUAUGAUGAUCCCGAUCUAGCAAUCUUUUCCAAGUUCAAUAGGUUCAUGAAGAAUUCCAAAACAUAUGAGGACAGUGGAAGUGAUCAAGAGAAAGAAAAGGAGGAUGAGGCUAUAAGUCUCUAUGCUGUGAUUGAUGAACACCAAGCUGUGGAGACAAAACCCCCAGUACAUCUUGGAAUGCACAUUGGAAGACCUCCUCUAAGCUUGUCCAGAAACACUCUCCUCAGAGUAUCCUCUUGCAUCUCUGCUCAUGAUAUAUGGAGGACCUUGAAAACUGACUUUGGAAAUGAAAACAUUGAAGUGGCAUUGAUGGCGAUUGAAGAAUCCAAAAUAGAGGAAGAAGUGAUAGGGAUGAUGGCCAUGAGUAAUUCAGAAACUGAAGAUGAAACAAAUCAGUUAAUAAGCAACCUUUCAUGUGUCAAACUUGAUAUCAAAGAGCUUGAAUCUGACAAAGCUAAUUUAGAGAAACAGGUCAAGGACCUUAAUAACCAUGUUCUUGAGCUUACUUCUAAGAAUGAGAAGUCUCCUGAUAUACAUGGCAAGGAAAAAAUGAGUGAUUUGCAGGAUAAACUUGAAAAGGAGUUAAAAAUUGCUAAAUAUAAUCUUUAUGAUGCUAAAUGUAGAAAUAAAGAUAAGAUGGGAGGAAACAAUCAGGACUGGUAUCUAGACAGUGGAUGCUCAAGACAUAUGACUGGAGAAAAGAAAAAUUUCCUCUCACCGACAGCCUUCCAAGGAGGGAAUGUGUCAUUUGAAAAUGGGAAAAAGGGCCAGAUAACAGGUAUUGACAAGGAUGAAGAUUAUGACAUAGAACUCACUGGUGAUGGAGUUACAAAGGAAUCUGAACCUCAGCAUGAAGAUGGAUUCGAAGACCACAAGGAAAUUGACAGUGAAUCUUCUCUGCUUAUACAGAUCAGACCAUGGAAGCAUCAAAGUUCACAUCCUCUUGAUAAUAUCAUCUCUGAUCCAAAUGUAGGGGUACAGACCAGGUCUUCUCUUAGAAAUGUAUGUGCACUCACAACAUUUCUCUCACAGUUUGAACCUAAGACCAUCAAAGAAUCUCUAAAGGAUCCAUACUAUAUCAUAGCCAAGGAAGAGAAGCUAAAUCAGUUUGAGAGAAGCAAGGAGGAAGUGUUUGUGAAACAACCUUCUGGAUUUGAAAGUGAAGAAUUUCCUAACUAUGUGUUCAAACUGGAUAAAGCUCUUUAUGGACUGAAAUAA